AUGUCACCUAGACAACCCAGUCUUGCCCCACCCACAGCGCCUGGCAACCUAGAUCAGUCAAGGACCAGGAAGAGAAUGGAAGAGCCUCCAGAAAAGACUCCCAAGAAAUCCUGGAGACCAGAAAGAACAGACAAACUUCCAACUAACAAUCACACAUACAACCAGGAAGACGAGGAGCAAGACCAGGAGGGAACGGAGGCAGAUAAUUUGAUUGAUCAUGGCACUGGUAGCCAGGCCAAGCCCAAAAUAAAUGUUCCAACUGAGCGCAAAGUUCCUGAAGACACUUGGGGCAGAACAUAUGAUCAGACUGAAGUGGGUGCAUACAGUCAUGCUGCUGCUAAUCAAAGAAAAUCUGAUCAGACUCAACAGAGGGACGAAGUUAGUUAUGAGGAGAUGGAACAGACCAACAGAAAAACGUCUAUUCAAGGUGAAAUAAUAUCUGAGCAGCCUGAGAAACUGUCCAGACAAACAGAGAAAGAAGAUGAGCAGAACGAGCUUAGUUCAUUUGUCCAGAAUGACCAAAGAGAGACUGAACAGUCGGAGGACAAAAUGACCCACCAGGCUGGUCAGACUUCUGAGCAGAUGGGCAGUGGAUUGUCAGGCUUACUGGAACCAAAAACUCCUGGCCAGAAAUUUUAUGACCAAAUCAACCAAGGACUUUCUGGAAAGACUAACUCCCAAAUGCCUGAGCUGUCUGCAUUCCAGAGUGCUGACCAGCCUUUUAGCAGUGCGGAUUUCAUGACAAUGGACAAGCUUAACUAUGAUGCAUCUGCAGCAAAGGACUACCAAAAGGAAGCCUGGGAAAAUUUACAAUACCAGUUUGACGCUGGAACAUCUGACUGGUUCGAAAGCAGAUCAAAUAACCGCUUUCAGAACAUAGAGCUAGACAAAAUAUUUGACUCCCCUACAUUGCCUAUAGAAUCCUGCACAUUUGAAACUAGUAAGACAAACCUCCCAGGUCACAAGGUUUCUGACUUCAAUGAAAGUGAUGCUGAAAGUGUAUCUGAUACGGAAGGAUUCAACACAUUUGAGACCAGACUCUCUAGUAAUUUCCAAACAAAUGAUCAAAACUUACCCAAUUUAUUCCCCUCCAUCCCAAGCAAAUCAAAUUAUUUACACAGUGAAGGAAGAAAUGAAGCCAAUUCUGAUGAUAAGAUAACAUCCCAACAAAAACCAACUCCUCGGAAUUACAGUCAUUCUUCUAGGAGGCUAUUACCUCCUAUAGUGCAUCAAGAUCCUUAUCAAGUUGCAUUGCUCUAUAUGGAAAAACACCAUAUUUUGCAAGUAUUCCAGCAGAUCACUGAAAACUUAGUCUAUGAAAGGCCAGAGGACCCUCUUAGAUUUAUGCUGAGCCAGAUACAGCAAAUGAUAAGAAAAAGAGACUCAUGAAAACUACAAAGAAUGAAUCUCAACUCAACAUUGCUUACGACCAUCGGUGUCAACACAAUGUUCUGUUUUCCACUCUGAAAAAAUAAUUUUUGAAUGGUUGUUGGCAGUGACUCCACCUAAAUAUGCCCUAAAUUUUAAACAAAAAUCUAUAGGGUAUCUUUAUAAAAUCCAUGUAACAGUUACAGAUACCUCUAGCUAACUAUAUAGAAAUGUACUCAUGCUAUUCUUAUCCAUGUAUUCAUAUUUCAAUACUCUUCCCUUCAAAGCAUUAAACAAGCUCACAAGGGAAGUUUAUAAAUCUCAAAGAGGAUUAAGAAUAUUAGCAACAUAUGAACUCCUCAUAAAGCAUACGAAUAGGGAAUGUAUUCAAGCUGUUUCUAAAAUCUUCAGUUAAAAAAUUAUGGCAUAUCACUUGCAAUAUUUCUUGUCUUCAUGAAAGAUUAUUGUUAUCUCUUCUUUUUUUCCUAAUUUCUUCAGUAUAUCCCUACUUUUGUUUUAUCCUUCCCCCUUCCCUUUAAUGUUCUGUUACUAACGGGAAUGACUUAAAGCUAGUCCUAGGAAUAGCUAUCUUCUGAUUGACUUAUAGUAAAAUUCAAAUGUGGUCUGUCACUCCAUACACACCUGUAGGAGAGACAGAAUGUCACUUCCUCAUGACCUUUAACACCACCUAAGAUUAUCAUCAUCUGGAAUAUGUAACCAGUCAAGCUGGUAUUUAAAUAAAAGCAAAAAGCCAUAACAAAGUCUGUCUGGUAUGAGAGUAUCUGCCCAGAAAUCAAAACUGAGAUGAUCAUCUGAUGCUACUUUUGUGAACUGAACCUUUCAUUUAAUUGCUAACUGAAUAUUAACUCAGGAUGGAUUCCUUAUACUGUUUGAUUGGUGGCUUUGUAGGUGACACUGUAAUUGUUUCACCAAGAAUUUAACUUCUGUUUGAAUCAUCAUGCAUAAAUCUGCUUUCCUAUAGCUGAAUCUCACUUCUAAUAGUUAUAUAAAAAAUCUGUAAUAUAAAAAGCAUGUUUAAUUUUUCUUUCAGUGAUUCACAAAACAUAUUCAGUCAAUUUCAACAAACAUCCAUCUACUCAGAUAA